AUGAAAUGUCUUUCAGUGGGUCAAGAACUGUUGUAGUAAGGUCUCCUAGAGGAUCUCAAUCACCUGCAUUGUUUCGCAACCCAAGUGCUCUUCCAUUGAUUGUAUUAGAUUUCAAUGUGCUGUGUAGUCUAGCAGCGCAUAUGCUUCUAAUGAAGAUGCUUCUACCUUUGGAACUGUUGUUUUGUGUGGCCAACAUGAUGAAUCCGAUUCUCCUCGAACUCCAAGAUCCAGGCUAGGAAGUCAAGAGAGAACUUAAAGUGCAUCAGUUGAAGAUAGCGCAUCAAAUCUUGCAGAGGCAAAAGCUGCAAUUCAGACAGGGUUGAGGAAAGGAAAUGCGAGGGAUAGGUCUGGACUGGGCAAGAUAAAUACCGGGCAGGAAAAUAGAAGUCAUCCAAUUAACAAUAGUUCUGAUUCUUCCAGUUCCCUUGACUAUUUGGAUGUACAAAGAUUAUUUCCAAGGAUACGUCAAGCUAGUGAUGAUGAAGAAAAUGCCAAGAUAAUAUCAUCAUCUGUCCCACUAUCCAUGUUGCUUAUCCCAUCCCUAAAAGAGGUCCUUGCUGAUGAUUCAGAAGGGUCAGUUGUACGUGGAGUUGCUAAUUCUUUCAUAAACAUGGAGGGUGCAAAGCCCGGAUCUUGUGAAGCUCUCGUUCGCAGGUUGCUCGAGCGAUUGGCAAGCUCGAAGGAAUCUUCAAUGAGAGAUAUGCAGGAGCUAGCGGCUCGCUUGUUCAAAAAGGGCAAGCUGACCCCUGAAGAUGCGCAAAAUCCGAACUCCGAAGUCGACAGUAGAGGAAAACAGCAGCAUAAAGAACUUAAUUCAACUUCCAACUUGAGCCCUCUUGCGAGAUUUCUGCUUUCCAGGUGGCAAGGCCAAACAUCGCUUGAUCUUAACUCGAACUGAAGAGGAAAAAACAGAUGGAUUUUCUCUCUUGUUUUUGUGGUGUGUUUUACGGUUCUGCAUUUUCUUAUGAUUUUGAUGUACAUAACAUUCCAAGAAAUUGUGUAAUUUUCAUCCAUUAUGAUCAAAAUUUUGUGUU